AUGCAAAAAGGCAAGAGCUUUGAAGGAAAUCUGCUGCCGCACCUCCGGAUCCUCAUGAUGUUGCCGUCUCCCGCCGCUUCCACCUUCGCCCUAGCUGCUUUUCUUCUCCUCGCCGCGUCCUUCUCUUGUGGGAACCGCGAAGAGGACGGAAAGGGCAGCGUCGGUUUCCGUUUCUCUUUCGAUGGGUCGGUAAAAGAUCGGAGCUUUGGGGCGGAGUUCGAUCUCCACGGCGAUGCGAGGGUGAGUGGCUCGUCGGUUAGGAUCACGCGUCCGGCAAAUGUGAGCUCGGGGCGGAUGGCGUACCGGGAGCCGAUCCGAUUCUUCGGCACUAAAUCCGGGUUUUCCUCUGCCUUUUCUUUCUCCAUCCCUCCCGCCGGCUGCGGCGUGGCUUUCUUCUUGUCCCCAAGUAGGGUUUCUCCGGAAGGGGGCAGCGUCGACCGUGCUGAAUCCUCGAUCAGUCUCAUCGCGGUGAGCUUUGCGACGGCAAAAACUGGUAACCUAACUGGAAGCCUCAUCGAGAUCAGCGCCAGCGGGGAGCUUUUGGCCAAAAGCGGCAAUCUUUCCAGCAAUGGUUCGGUGCUGCAUCUGAAAAGCGGAGAGAAGUUGCAUUCUGAGAUUGAUUUCGACGGGGAAUCAAACAGAAUACAAGUGAAGCUCUGGCAGGGCAACUCAAUGAUCUCGCACGCCGUCGAUUUGCCCAAUUUCCCUUGCAGAGAGUCAGUUUUGGUGUCUUUAACAGCUCGGAGUCGCAAUUCCACUCAGGGAAUCAGCAUCUACUCCUGGAAUUUCACGGCGAAGCAUGGAGCUCCAUAUCUGAUGCAUUCCGAACCCCUGGAUCCCAAUUCGUUCCUGGCGCGGCCAACUGAGAUCCCUUCAGUUCAUCCGAGAAGAAGAGCUUAUCCCUGGGCAGUGUUCAUCGCCAUGGUGUUCGCAGCUGCUUCCGGCGCAAUGGUGGCCUUCUUCGUCAUGCUGGUGUGGGCGCAGCUCGACUCACAGUGCCCGGUGGCUCCCGAAGAAUCCCCAGCAACGAUUGAAAAAUCUGGAGAGAACAUGAAAACUGGUAAAAAAUAG